CCGGCUCAUCGCGCGGGCCUGCCCGCCCUCGGCGCUCGGCUCGGCAUGCCUGCGGUGCUGCCAUGGAGACGCGGCCCUGCGGCCCACUGGCACAGCCUGGGUCUGCGCCUCGCCCCGGCCCGGGCGUCGCGAAGGCCCCACGGCGCGGGGGCCUCCGGAUGCCUGGAGCAGAAAGAAGGCGCUGGUGCUGGGCGAGUGCCAGGCGGCCCUCAGCCUGCAGCCCAGGACCACCUGGGGGAAGCACCGCAGACCAGCCUGACAAGGAGCACUGAGCGAAGCUGGCCCCACACCUGGAGGCGCCCGGGUCCUCCCAAUGCGCUGAGCCCCCCAGGCUCCCGUGGGGGCAGGCGGCCAUGGGCGCCGCCAUGGACUUCUGUCUAGCGGCACAGUGCCCUUCCAGUGGGUUCCUCUUUUCAAGUUAAGCGGCCCCAGCCCUGGUGUCAGAAUCACAGCAGACACUUGACAAUCCCCCCCGACGCCCCCCGAGGUAGGCGCCUCGUCCUGGUCAACAGCGCACACAGCUGUCACCCGGGAGACACGCUUACCCACUUGUCGUCUCCCGGAAGGUUCUGAGGUGUCUUCAGAAUGCUCAGCGGCUCCUCUCCUGUGUCCCCGCGACACCACCCUCGCAAGGGUGCCGCCCAGCAGCUGCCGGGACCCUCAUCUCAACCAUCGAAUUAAACAAGGGGCCAGCGCGCAGACGCGGCUGCUGGAAAGGGUGUGCAUCAGAGCGGCCAGUGCAGCCGUGAGGAUCGGCCCCAGGCCACAGCUCGGGAGCCAACACGGGGUGGGGGGGGGGGGGCUGGCCCGGGAUGAGCGGCCGAGUCCCGCUGGCGGAGAAAGCCCUGUCCGAAGGCCACGCCCGGCGGCGGUACCGGGACACCUCCCUGCUCAUCUGGCAGCAGCAGCAGCGGAAGCUGGAAUCGGUGCCGCCCGGGACCUACCUGAGCAGGAGCCGCAGCAUGUGGUACUCACAGUACGGGAAUGAGGCCAUCUUGGUCCGAGACCGAAGCAAGCUGGGGGUCUCCCGGGACACGGGCCAGUCCAGGUUUUGCUCAGUGAUGUGACUCCCCGUGAGGACCGGGCCCAGGGCCCGCAUGAGCACGCCGCGUGCGGGCAGCUGCCUGUGGGUUCCCAGGCCUCGUGGGGAGGCUGAGUGGUGAACGCGAGGGCCCAGCUACGGUGCAAGAACCUGUGACCCCGGGUUCCGAGCCGCUGGGCACAGUGCCGGGGCGGCUGGCCUCCAGCUGUCCAGGUGCCGCGGGCACAGCAGGCCCGGGCACCCCGCUAGGUGUGCUUUUCAUGUUAGAGAAACCAACCGAGAGGGCACCCUGCUUACCAACCACCUUUCCAGGCGUGGGGCCUAUGUUUUCACUUUAAUUACCGUUGACAUUCAGUGUUAUAUUAGCUUCGGGUAGUAGGUUACUUUUCAAAAAUAUGUUUUUAUUGAUUUCAGAGAGGGAGGGAAAGAUGGAACAUCAAUAAUGAGAGAGAAUCACUGAUCGGCUGCCUCCUGCACGUCCGCCACUGGGGAUCAGGCUCACCACCCGGGCCUGUGCCCUGACCAGGAAUCGAACCGCGACCGCCUGGUUCAUAGGUCGGCGCUCAGCCACGGAGCCAGGCCGGCCGGCGGUAGUAGGUUACUUUAAUGUCCGCUUCUGCCUGGGGAAGAGUGAUCUAGGAAAGGGUGAGGAGCAGGCAUCACCUGGUGGGAAAUCUACCUGCAGGACCCGGAUGUAACGCACAGGCCGACAGCAGCUGCGUUUUGAAUCUAGUCACCGAAAUGGUCGGUACGACGCACUCGCUUCCGAACACCCGAGGACUGCAGGCCAGGGCAUCCCGUGCACAGUGCGGACACCAAAAGCCCCUUCCCGUUCCCACCGGUUCCUGACGGGCGGGGCCGGAAGAGGCAGGUUCUGGACGGACAGCGGACAGCGUCUGAGCCGGCCGAGGCUGCCGCCCCCCCCACCCCCCCGCCGUCUGCAGCGCCUGCUGUCCCCGCUGUCCCGCAGCUGCUGUCAUCAUGUCCGCGUGGCCGUGCGCACAGGGAAGAGUCUCCGGCGAAGGGACUGUCCUUUUCUAAAUAAAUACUCGUGAGGGCUCUCCUCUCGCUCCUGUUUUUA